CAUUAUGCAUUGCGAUAUUUAUUGAUUGCUUUCAUUGAGUGUCAUCACCCGAUCUAAAUUUAUAUUGUAAACUUAUGGGUGGUAUUUUUAGAUAUUUUAUUUUAGAUUGUUUGGUUAAGAUUCGUAAAUGCUAAGAAAAGAGUUAAAAAUUAGGAAAAGUGUGUUUCAACCUUCGGUACAGUCGAGAGAUGUAUCACACUUAUUACUAAAUUUGGGAAAAGCAACGAAGCGAGGCAUCAGAAAGUGCCACAAGUGCGGUGUUUACAAUGGCACCAAAAGUUUAACAUGCAAAAACAAGCAGUGCGGUACAGUGUUUAGGGAGUGUGAGGAGAAGGAGACCACUUUAAACGCCACAAAGCUUCUGAGUGGUACAGCCCGGCAGGUUUUUUCAGUGAAAGUGAGGGGGAAGGGCCCAGAUUACCGAGGUUUUGUCCAAUUACCGGUGGUGGAAGGGAACACUGUGACUGAAGAAGCUGAUGUUGCUUUGUCUGAAGUCGCGCUUUGUUUUGUGGAUUCAUGUCAGAGGCUGUUUGAUGAUUCAAUCUUGAAAUGUCACGAGAUAGAGGGCACUCGAGUUGUGUCCAUUUGUAUACAUAUUAAGUCAGCUUUAAAGAGUGUAAACGUCGCUGUACCGAUUGAAACAAAGAAUUGUCUAUUACAUUCGUUAAAUUUCACUGACAAUAUAAAGCAGCAGUUAUGGUCAUUGUCGACAGAGACCAGAGGUGCGCUGGUACAACGCGUUUCCAAAACAGUCGUGGCAGUAAAAUGUCAAGUUUCCCCCAAGCAUCCUUUGGGCUACCUACAUUUUACAUUUUGUACGUCAAAAGGAAACAGAGUAAUUUAUGAUAAAUUCUUCUGCAACUGUUUAAACAUCAAAGGCUAUGGCAGCAUAAGUAACAGUGAUGCUAUAAAUCGUAAGUGUAUCCAUUUCUAUGCGUGUAUUUGGGCCUUUGCGAGUGAUUUAAAAUUCGCCGAGGAAUUUAUUGACUUUCUCAAUAUAGAGUUGUGUGUCGCUUUAGGGAAGCCACAAGAAAUCAAAAAGCCACCAUUGAUUGAACCUACCAUCUCCAACUCGAGGAAGCAUUUAAAAACAUUGCCUGGAAAUAUGUCGGAAACCGUGACAAAACCCAAAAGUAGCAUACAAAAACACUACUUUGUCACAAAGCUGGACGUAGCAAUGCAGUUCAUUGAUUGGCUAUCGUCGACAACCGAAAGAAUCAACCAAUGCAUAACGAACAACAAAAAGGAGGGCUUACAAGUUCUACAAUCAUAUAUUCCUCUGUCAUUUCAUCAGUCAUUCUUUGUGCUGCUACAAGCCAGAAUCCAUCAAGACGAAAAGCAACAUAACUUCUACACGUGCACCGAUUCGACUGGAAUUACAUACAUCAUUCGCAACACUGCAUACCUGAAGAAAGUGUUCGACACACCUCAGAUAUCGCUGCAACUCGUUCAAGUGCAUGAGGAAAUUAUCACUCAUAGUGAUGGCCCUCAUUUGUUUCUUGAAGAUAAGAUAUGGUACCUUAAAGUGGGUAUGGCGGAAAAUGGAGGUCCUUUCACACCUUUUACGUUGAAUUGGGCACCGAGUGUUUUACCUAUCAGUAAUUUUGGAAGGAUGGACGUUUUGUUUUAUGUUGGAUGUCGAUGAAUAUUUACAUAAAUUUUGCUUAUUAUUUCCCUUUGUUGCUAUAUUUAAGUAUUAAUAAACACAAAAGCCAG